AUGUCUCAGCGGUCGCUCGUGGCGGGUGUAGUCUCGUUCUACAUGUCUGCGGCACUGGUGAUGGUGUUUGUAAACAAGGCUGUCCUCAAUGGGUCUCCCAGUCUUCCGCUGUUGUUCUUGCUCAAUCAGCUAGUCCUUGCGGUCAUCCUUCUCCAUGGCGCUGCCUUCGUCACUCCCAAGGUUGAGAUCCCACAGCUGAAGCUCGAGACCGCCAAGAAACUCGUUCCGGUCACGUUCGUUAACGUGUCCGGACUGGUCUUCAACAUCCUUUGUCUUCGAGGUGUUGAGGCGUCGUAUUUUCAGAUUGCCAGAGGACUUGUCCUCCCGUUAACCAUCGGCGUAUCCUCAGCGCAUAGUCGUUCCAUCCCAUCUGUCCGGGUCCUCCUGGCCGCAUUCAUCGUUACCUUCGGUUUCUUCAUCGGUGUGGCACCGGACGCGGCGACGACACAGCAACUUCGGGAGGCCCCAAGCCAACUAUCUAUCUUCUACGGCGUACUUUCGUCGCUGUUUAUCGCCAUUCACGCAGUUCUCAUCAAGAUAUCGCUGCCCCAUGCCGGGAACUCCACCAUUCAGCUCGCAUACUGGCAAAACCUUGGUUCUGCCAUACUCUUGGCCCCUUUCAUCCUCUUCCAAGGAGAACUUUCGGAGCUCUCCGAACUCUAUCGCGACCCGGACUGGAACUCGAAGAUAUUUGUCUGGGGUAGCCUCGUCACCGGCGUGUUCGGCUUCCUGCUGUGUGUUGCCGGGUUGCUCAGUAUCAAGGUUACUAGCCCGGUGACGCACAUGUUCUCGAGCGCCGCGCGCUCAGCCAUUCAGACACUCCUCGGGGUCUGGUUGUUCAACGACCUCCUAUCGACGAACCGUGUUGCCUCCAUCCUCGUAAUCGCCGCCGGGACGAUGUACUACACAUGGGUCAAGUCUGUCGAGACUGCGCCUCCUCCGCCUUCGCCCCGCGAUGAUGUCGAAGCGUCAGCCGCCAAUCGUCUCAAUCGCAUCGGGGAAGACGAGAUGGUCGACAUGCAGGCGGAGAAGAAGAGCCAUCCAGCUUAG